UGCAGGUUCAGAGGCAAAUAUGACCAUUUGUCAACAUUUGACACCAACUCCUUGGGACACCAUGAAUUUGCUGGACUCUAGACCACAGAGCAUUUGCAAUAGCGCUUCUAAAUUUUAAUUUAAUUUAAAUUUUUAAAAAAUCAUCUGGAUUAGUUGUAGUCAUGGCUAGCAAAAGAAAAUCCACAACUCCUUGCAUGAUACCAGUAAAAACACUGGUGCUUCAGGAGACUGAACUGGAUGCUGUAGAAGAUGAUCACGAAGGAAAUCAACAGGAUGUUCCUCCUGAAGUGCCAGCAGCCAGUGACGCUGCUGCAAGUAACAGUAAUAACGGAGCGUUAUCUAACGGGCACCGUGGUAUUGCUGAUAGUGAUACUUUUGUGUGCAAGUACUGUGACUUUGGAUCUCAAGAUAUUCAUCAUUUCAUAGGGCACCUGGAGUCUGAGCACUUAGACUUUAGCAAAGACCCUGUGUUUGUGUGUGUUGCGUGCAACUUUCUGGCAAAAAGCCACGAAGGGCUGUCACACCACAAUGCAGAGUCACAUGCUAGUGAAGCAAGCUUCAUUUGGAGUGUGGCUAAGAAGGAUAAUCAUACAACUGUGGAACAAAGUCUCUGUGAUGCCAUCAGCAGCCACGACCUUGCAGGAGAUGUCCCUGAGGAAGUGGUGGAUGGUCAGUCUGAAAUUAUCAUUACCAAAACCCCCAUCAUGAAGAUAAUGAAAGGUAAACCUGAGGCCAAAAAAAUCCACACGCUGAAGGAGAACGUAUCAAAUCAAUUGAGCGGUGAAUCAGAGGUGAAAGAUGGAGAGCAUUCAUUCACAAAUGGGUCCGUGCCAGUCAGCCAGUCCACUGCAAGUUCAGGAAAAUCAUCUCACAUAAUGAAUGGCUCCAUCAUAGGAAACGUGCCUGUUUUGCAGGCUGGUGUUGCACAACUUGUUUCACUGCCGCAGCAACCACCAUUGCAUCAGCAGCUACCUACAUCCAAAUCCCUUCCCAAGGUGAUGAUUCCCUUGAGUAGCAUUCCCACAUACAAUGCAGCCAUGGACUCUAACAGCUUCCUGAAAAACUCUUUCCACAAGUUCCCUUACCCCACAAAAGCUGAGCUCUGCUAUUUGACUGUGGUGACAAAAUACCCAGAAGAGCAGCUGAAGAUCUGGUUUACUGCGCAGAGGUUGAAACAAGGCAUCAGCUGGUCACCAGAAGAGAUAGAAGAUGCCAGGAAAAAAAUGUUUAACACGGUUAUUCAGUCUGUGCCGCAACCCACAAUUACAGUUUUAAACACCCCAUUAGUUGCAAACCCUGGGAAUGUCCCGCAUCUUAUUCAGGCAACUUUACCUGGCCAUGUGGUCGGGCAGCCAGAAGGAACAGGGGGCUUGCUCGUUACACAGCCGAUAAUGACAAAUGGAUUGAAAGGAACCAGUUCCUCCUUCACAUUAGCAGUGACUUCAGUUCCCAAGCCCCAGCCCGUGACACAGCACAACACGGUGAGUUCCAAUAAUGGAUCGUCUGUGAAAGUGGUCAAUACUGCCCAGUCUCUGCUCACUGCAUGUCCAGCCAUAUCCUCACAAACUUUCCUAGACCCCAAUAUUUACAAAAACAAAAAGUCCCAUGAGCAGCUGUCCGCAUUGAAAGGCAGCUUUUACAGAAAUCAGUUCCCUGGCCAGGCUGAAGUCGAGCGGCUGACAAAAAUUACAGGCCUUUCUGCAAAGGAGAUUCGAAAAUGGUUUAGUGAUAGGAGAUACCAUUAUAGGAAUGUGAAAGGCGGUAGAGGCAUGUUUGCUGGAGAUAAUACUCUCGAUUCUCUGCCUGAAAUAACCUUUGACGUGUCACCCAAAGGAGCAGAAUUAACUUCUACAACAGCAGUAACACCUAUCACUCAUCACCAAACGAGACGACAAUCCUGGCAUCAAACACCCGACUUCACACCGACAAAAUACAAAGAGCGAGCGCCAGAGCAGCUGAAGGCACUAGAGAACAGUUUUGCACAAAAUCCUCUUCCUCCAGAUGAAGAGGUGAAUCGCUUGAGGAGUGAGACAAAAAUGACGCGGAGAGAAAUUGAUAGCUGGUUCUCUGAAAGGAGGAAAAAAAAGAUGGCAGAAGAAAAAAAGGUAGAGGAAACAGCUCAGCAGGAGGAGGAAGAGGCUGAAAAUGGCUGUGGAGAAGAAGACUCUUCAGAUGACCUGAGGGCCUUAAGUGAAAACGGCUCAGUCGAUGCAUCUACCAACAACCCAAAUUCAGCAGAGCGAAAAGUGAGUCCCAUUAAAAUCAAUCUGAAAAAUCUCCGAGUGACAGAGUCCAACGGCAAAGGCGAAUUACCAGGGAUUAGUGCAAAUGAGAAAGGGGAUGGCAGCUCCAGCCGGCCACCCACUCCUCAGAAAACUAAACUGAACUUUAAAAAAACAGCUCAGCAACGGCAUUUGCUUAAACAAAUGUUUGUGCAGACACAACGGCCAACAAAUCAGGAAUAUGAUGCCAUAGUUUCCCAGACAGGCCUGCCGCGGGCUGAGGUAAUUCGCUGGUUUGGAGAUAGUCGAUACGGCUAUAAGAAUGGGCAGUUGAAAUGGUAUGAGAACUACAGGCGUGGUAUUUUCCCUCCAGGCGUGGUAGAAAUCAGCCCGGCUGGCAGGGAGGUUUUGGAGGACUAUUACAAAAAGCACAAGAUGCUGCAGGAAGAUGACCUGCAGAGCCUCUGCGAGCGAUCUCAGCUGAACGCCCCGCAGGUGAGAGUCUGGUUUGCUGCGAAGGUGGAGGAGGAGACCAGGGGCUCAUCCGACACAGGCAGCGAAGACAGGUAUCCGAGUGCUGGCGAACAAGCGGGAAACCAAAAAGGGCCGUACGACGCGUGCUCGGAGGUGUCUGAGAACAGCGAGUCGUGGGAGCCGGGCGGCCCGGAAGGCAGCGCGGAGGCCCUGGAUGCCCCCAGCCAGCCGCCCGUGGUGCAGCUCGAAACAGACUGAACUCAGAUCACCUGCCCUGGAGGAUCUGCUCUUACCCUUGAGAAGAAAGUUUUGCUUUUUUAAGAAAUCCAUGGGCCGUCCUGAUACACACCUCAGGAGCAGGACAUGGUGUUAAAGCACUGCCAUAAACGAGACCUUUGAGUACAGCACAUCAGAGCAAGAGUACAUGUGAAAACUGGGCACUUAGUGCAGAGCUCUCUGUGGCCUAACCUAGGAGAUGGCUGAGAGCUGGCAGAGGUGGGGGCUGUGAGCUUGGCUCACACCCAGGAAAUAGGAUGUUCUUAUUUGCUUUCCAGUGGACAGACUUUCAGAUUUCGUAUUCAUAUACCGAUGCCUACAGCUGCCUAUACAAGCAAAAUGAAUCUCAGACAUUGUGUAAACAAGGUCAUUGCUUUAGAUAUGGACUAUCAUGGCAUAAUUCCUUUUUUUUUUUUUUUUUAAUCUGUCCAUAAGGUGUUUGUUCUCUAAAGGUUGGCAUGGCUGCAUAUAAGCUCUUUACCCUUUGGUCCUUAAGCCCUGAUAAUGAAGAGUUUUGUGUGUAUGUGCGUGUGUGCACGUGUGUGCGCAUGCAUGUAUGUGUGAGCGUGCAUGCGUUAGGAAAGCAAAGGUAGCUAAGAAGACAACUGCCAAUCUUGUAUUAAAGUCAAGCAGAAGUUCAGUGAGAUUUUCAUCCGUAAGGAUGAUGUUAGAUUUAGCAUUGUAUGCCCUCCGAUAAGUAGCAGGUCUAAGACCCAGAAAAUGCAGGAGAUGGAGUUUGAUGUCAUUUGUCCCUUGCUGGCUAGAGUAUUUUUUCCUCCUCUGCUCUUGGAGACUGACUGUAGCAGGCUGUUAAAUCUCCAAGUCUCUCUUUAAUCACUGAGAACUAGCACAUAAUAAUUUUUCCAUCCUGACCUGGAAUCCUUUUCAUUGUUUGGAGGGAACAAGCUGUUCUUCAGAGAACAAAUGCAGAGAAUACGCAGUGUUGCUGCUAAUGGCUCCAGCCAUUGUUGUCUCCAAGGGAUCUGUUCGGCAGGCAACUCUUCUGUAAUCAGGAAGUUUGCCUGUUACAGCACUACGCAACAGAUCCUACUGCAGCGAUGCUGGUAACUUCAAGUAUUUGCCCAAGUCUUUUUCUUCAGUCUAUCUAUCCACAGGAGUUCUGGCUUCAUGUGAAAACAGCAAAAUAAAUUUCCCGGUUAACUUGCAGUUACCGGAUUCUUAGUAUCUGUACCUUUUUAACGUGCCCGUGUUGAGCUGGCUGGUUGCUGGGUGAUACAACUACUUGAAGAUUUUUUUUUUUAAAUUCCUUUCUAGUAGAAACUAAGGUCUAGAAGGAAACUCUUGAGCUAUAUAAUCCAGCCAAAUGCUGUGUCAGACCGUCCUGUCAUAAACUAAUCAAAUCCCAGCUCAAAAUUGGUUCCAUGUCUUGCCUUCACUUUUGCUCUUGGAAGGUAUUCCAGAACUUCACUGCCUUUGAAUGGCUAGAAACUUUAUUUAAAUUUCUAGUUUGUAUUAAUUCAUGGCCGGUUCACUCCUGGUUUGUUUUGAAGCCAACAUUGUCCUUUAACUUAAAUAGUUUUUGGUGUUUAUCCACUACUGUAUUUAUGGAGAGUAGUCAUAGCUCCUCAUUUUUGCCAAGCUAACUCAGCUAAGCUUUUUCAGUAGAAGGUUUUUAUUUAGUGACAGCUUUUUAAUGUGGGAGACUUUACUGUUGGUGGUAAAUGAUAUUUAUUAGAAGGGGUGGGUAGAAACGCCAAAGGAUCGAAUCCAGAGAUCUACAAAAAAUAUGUUUGAAAAACAAAAAGCUCUUCCAGAACCUCUUCCAAAGAUGGUGUCUGUUUUCUACCUUUAAUUGCCUUUGCUUUUCUAAUUCUUUCUUCAUCCCCUCUUUAAGAGGCUGCCUUACUCAAAUAUGAGAUCAAUGCUUUGUUUGCAGUAGAGGGCUUCCUCUCACCUAGCGGUACAUGCCUACAUCGUAGGUGCCUGCAUCUGAGCUCGCACAGGCUCCCAUUGCGGUCAGUGGAGAUCUGACUGUGCAGCACAAGGUGCAACUCAUGCAACCAGGCAUAAGCAUCUACUUUAAAAGGAGAUGAACAGCACCCUAAAGAAAGCCAGGGGUGACUUGCUCAGAUGCAGACACCUGCACUGUAAACCCCCCUCCCCCCUUAGCACUCAGACGAAUCCUCCCCAAAGUGGUAGGAGCACGGGAGGUGGCACCAUGCUGACAGCAAGCUCCCUAAAUUUCUUCUUCCUCGGAAGCACUAUUGCUGGUCGUGCCUUUGUUUGAGUCAUAACCAGCAACCAUCCCACCUCUGCCGCGUGGUCUCUCAACAGCACAUCGUGCCUCUGAGGCCACAUAGCUCUUGUCCUGAAGAGCAGAGGUGGCUAUAAUGUGAAGACUGCCGGCGUCCCAGGGACUCAGCCCUUGCAUGUAUAACCCUGUAUACCCUGAAACUUCACAGAUGACGGGGGGAGCUGGGUGUUCCUAAAGCCGAAGACACUAGUUCUGGGAGUCUUGUGGCCCAAGAGUAUGAGUGUAUGUAUGUACAGUGUUACCUUCAGAGAACAAAUACAGGUGGGUAAUUUACUCUCUAUUGUCUAUGUACAUGCAGGUUUAUUUAAAUACACAUAUAUACAGUUCAGAUAUGCCAUUGAUUCUUUAUUGCAUUAAGAUGUACAUUAAAAAUGUACACUUUUACUAACUAAUUGCUAUAUAAAUAUGCUGGAAAUGUAGUUUGCCCAUUCAAGGUGAUUUUCUGCGGGAUUUUUGGUGUACACUUUUAAAGGCUUAUGGCUAAUUGGAAGAGUGAUUCCCCACUCCAUCUACAAAAAUGCUUAAGGACUAUGGUAUAAACUGGUCUCUUCAAACCAUUUUUCCAUGCACUAGCUGAAAUUUUUUUUGUCGAUUGUAUUCGGCCAGUUUUCCAGAAAAAAAAUGAAAAGAGAAGUCUUGUAAGCUAGGGGGAGAAUUUCCCGGUGUACACAGAAAAAGCAGCCUUGAGGGUUGGAAGCUGCUGAGGUUUUUUGAGCUUUGUCUUCAUGCAUUCAUACAAGCACAGCAGGAGUCGUCUUUCUUUUGGGUCAGAGGAAUUUUUAAAAGUGGUUCCAUGCAGACUCCCCUCAUACACAGCGGCUGGGUGAGCAGGCUCGCAAGCCCUGUGGCAUGGGGAGGGUAAGACUUAAAGACAAAUGCCGAUAUACAGCUUUGAACCAGAAAUCAGAAAGUAAUUGAGUUCCCUUUCUAACUACCACAUUAUUUGUUAUCUGCAUUUUUAGUUGGCUUGAUAUGUCCUUGAAAAUUUAAGCUAAAGAUUUGAGGGUUUAGCUCUGUAGUCCUUUAUUUCCCUAUCUCAUCAUUUUUGAGGCUCAAGAGAAGCAGGUGUCAUCUCCAAAUAUACUCAGGUUUUGGUGCAUGACACUAGAAAUAUGUUUGCAUCUGAAACUGAAAGAAAUAAUUGAGAGGUGGCUUGACAGUCCCAGCAGCAGCUCUUCUGGUGUUAAGAGGAAGCGUCGCCACAAUUCUACAUGUAGUGUGAAGAUCUAUCAUCAUUAAUCAAAGAUGACUGUGUUGACUUGAAAGAAAGAGUACAAGAUAGAGGUCAGGCAGCCAGCAUCAGUAGGGAAGGGAAAUUAAUUUCUUCACCUCCAUCAGCAAUGUGUGAGCUUGGGUUUGAUAGACACAGUAGUAACCGUCACCUUUAAUCCAUGUGAAUCUUGUUACUUGUUUCUCUGAGGCUGCUUAGAUUAAGGUCACAAUCCAAUUACUUAAUAGCCUGAAACCCUGAUUUGUGCUGUACCUGUCUCACUCAUGCGAAGGGCUGCUGGUUCUCCUGAUGGAAGGAACAGAGUUAGUUUAUUUGUUUGUAUCAGCAGGACCCAGGUGAGCUUUCUAGACACAGCUCUGUGUUUUGUAUGGGUGGCUUAUUUUUUCUGUUCCUUAACUAGUAGCCUGGAAAUCCUUUUUUUCAAUUAUUAUUUUUUUUAUUUUUUUAGCAGAACACUAAACAAACCAUGAUUUACAAGAACCUACUUCCAUUUGCCUCAGAGCUAAGUGCUACUGCACAUCAGGCCCACAGCCAGAGGAAUGAUGGACACAAGUGCUUGCUUCAGCUUCAGGUAUUUAAAGCAGCUGCCUGUCCCCUCUCUGCUGGGGGCUUGCACUGGUCACCAUGAGAAGCUGUCAGCAAAAGCAGCAGCCAAUGGCAGCUGCAACUAGAAAUCCUGUGAACAGGCUCACAACUUAAUGCAGAACCUAACCUGACAGUGACACUUGUGCGGAAGCUGGAGCAGCAAAAUAUCUGCUUGGUUUAUUCUUGUUAGUCAUCUCCUGUCUGUUCAGGUGGAUGUAGAGGGCAGGGUGGUGUCCCCCCCCCCCCCCCCCCAUUUAGUGGUUUUUUUUUUUUUUUAAUGAAACAGCAACAGAUUUGGUUACAGGGAGAAGUUUAUACUCUCCCUGCCUGCAAUCUGUCUCCUGUUAAGAGAUAUUAUACAGGAAACCUGACUGGAAGGUGAUGUUUGAAAGCUGAGGUAAAUGGUAAUCAGAAGGGAAGGCAUUUUAUUUUCAGCACUUUAGGCACAAAUUGGAAUGGUAAGAUGAUACCGCACCUUCCCAUGGUAAUUCAUAGUCAACUUGACUUUAUUUAAAAUGCUUUAAACUGUUCUUGCCUGCUUCCCAGAUAAUUUUGGCUUUGCUUUUUGAAUCACUCUAUGGACUGAUGUGAUUGAGCUCACUGGGGAGUCCGAUGGGGACAGAUUAGGCAAAACUACAAACAGGGGGAAACUUGUUUUUUGUACUUUUUU